GCUGCAUAAAGAGAUGAAGUCCAGUGGGAAGAGCACAUCUCUCAAGCUCAAGAAACGCUGGUUUGUUCUGACCAAUAACUCACUGGAUUAUUAUAAAUCAUCAGAGCGCAGCGCCUCUAAACUGGGAACACUGGUGCUCAACAGCCUUUGCUCGGUUGUUCAGCCUGAUGAGAAAGUUUACAAGGAGACAGGUUACUGGAACAUAAUAGUCCAUGGGAGAAAGCAUUCUUACCGUCUCUACACCAAACUACUGAACGAAGCCAUGAGAUGGGCUUCAGCCAUUCAGGUGGCCAUUGACAACAAGGUUCCCAUUGAAACACCUACCCAGCAACUCAUCCGAGAUAUCAAGGUACAUUCACCCUAA